UCAGAUUCAUUGUGUCAACCUGAAGAAGGGAAGGUGAUUCGAUCUCUCAACUUUCUUCUAUAUAUAGAUAGAGAUAUGUUAUUUAAUUGAUGCAUCCAAUAUCAUUGCAGGAAUUCACAGGAAAGGAAGCAAUUAAUUAAUUAAGCACUAGACUUAAUUAAUUAAUUAAUAAAGCAUUUGGAUCUACCAGGCAAAAUGAGUCAAACACUCGGGAGCAAGGCGGAUGGGAGCUUGGCCGAAGGCAGCGGCGGCGACAGCAGGAAAGGCAAAUGUGGGUUGUUGACGAUGAAGGUGAUCAGAGACUGGAAAGACAAGGCGUUGGAGGACGUAGAGAAAACCUUUCAUAUUCAAUUUGAGGGCUUCACUCUUUCUAAGGGCCUCAUCUUAAAGGCCCAAUUUGAAGUUUACAACCCUCUCAGUUGCGCCAUUCCCAAGUGGAAGUCCAUCCGUUACUCUGUUAAAAUUGCCGACUGUUACAAUCUCGAAAUUCCCGGCAGCGGCAGGGAAAUUGCUAAUGGUAAAGUGCCCUCUAAGUGGCUGAGAGCAAAGGAGAAGACGACGGUGGAAAUGACAAUAAAUGCUUCGCUGAAACAUGUGGGAGAUAAGUUGCAAGAAAUAAUACUUCAAACUAUAAUUGAUGGGCUUCUCAAGGUUGAAUUGGAAAUCACCUUCCGCUAUCCCAUUAUCGGGAAACAUACGAUACACCCCAAAUUCCCGAUCGAUGUGUCAGUUUCCGAUGCCCUGGGAAAACACUUGAGCCCCAACCUUUACAAAGUGCUCCAAGUGGUAUUGCGUACCGUCGAGGGCAAUACGAAGAACAUACCUGAUGCUCUUCUUGAAAUCUUAGAAGCCCUGACGCGUUAUUACGAUGACAAGAAGAAGGCUCUUGAUCAUGUUGCGGAUGACUUUAUGAAAAACAACUUGGAACAGAUCACGGUCACUGUUCAAUUGCUGGAAAAAUGCUUGAUCCCUUCACUUAACAAAGUGCUCCGAGUGGUAUUGGAUACUAUCGAGGGCAAUAAGAAGAACAUACCCGAUGCUCUGCUUGAAAUCUUAGAGGCGCUCACGCAAUAUUACGAUGAUAAGAAGAAGGCUCUUGAUCAUGUUGCGGAUGACUUUAUGAAAGACAACUUGAAACGGAUCUCCGUCACCGUUAAAGCUAUCGAAAAAUUCUUAAAUUCUGGAGAAUAUUUGGGUGACUUGAAGGACAUGUUCAAGAAAAACGUGAACAAGCUUGUUGAAGCUGUGAAAAAAAUCUAGAAAAGAAUCCGUGACAUAUUAAAGGGCCCGGUAUUAUUAUAAACUGAUCCGCAGAUAAAUAAAUAAAAUUGUCGGUCAGUCGAUCUAGGGUUCGUAGCACUUGUGACACUCGUGAUGCCUCAAGGUCAUUCCACAAAUAAUUUGUACAGCAUGUAAUGAGAGCUAUUAUGCAAAUAAAAUAAAGAGCAUCUGGAAUUGCCACUAGCUAAAA